CACCACUGAACAUGAUUUGAACUUUGAUCUUUGAAUUACAACAACACUGAUUUCUCAAAAUAAGUAAUCGGUGAAUGUUUGGUCUAAAUUAAUCAUCGUAAUAGAACCUGAAAGCUUGCCGAAUACUCAAAAUGGGUCUUUUGGAUUUAUUAAGGAAGAUGAAAUCACAGCCUUCUAAAGAGCUUAAAGUAUUAUUACUGGGAUUAGAUAAUGCAGGAAAAACAACAAUACUCAAGGCACUUGCAGGUGAAGACUACACCAGGAUUACACCUACUCAGGGAUUCAACAUCAAAAGCGUCAGCACACAAAAGUGGAAAUUAAACGUCUGGGACAUUGGAGGGCAGAGACAUAUUCGGCCAUAUUGGAAGAAUUAUUUUGAUCACAUUGAUGUACUUAUAUAUGUAGUUGACAGUGCUGAUACACCAAGAAUGGAAGAGGCUGGCUAUGAAUUGAAUGAACUUUUAGGGGAAGAAAAGCUAGGAGGAGUCCCGGUGCUUGUGUUUGCUAAUAAACAAGAUCUGCCAUUGGCCAAGAAGGCUUCUGAUGUUUCUAAGAUUUUAUUAUUAACGGGUAUUCGUGAUCGUAAAUGGCAAAUUCAAGCAUGUUCUGCUCACACACAGGAAGGCCUUGAGAAAGGAAUGACCUGGGCAGUGAACACAACCAAUCAUAAGAAAAAGUAAAUAGUGCAGAUUUCAAGAUGUUAUCAAUGGUUCUCCAAAAAGGCCUAUUUUCCACUUGCAAAAUUUAUUCGCACGAUUCAAAAGCAUUGGUUCAUGUGUAUACACGUUCGCAUUUCUAUUGCGGGGUUUUCGCUUCAGCAAAAUCGGUAGUACGAACUGUUUCUACUUUCUGCGAAGUGAAAAAAAUGAGGAACCAAUCAGAGUUCAGGAACUGAACCGAGGCCUUUGAUUCGCGCUAAUAAAUUUGCCUAGUGGAAAACAGGGUUUAGAGCAGCAACAUUUGAAGAAGUAGACAUGUCGUGUCCUCCAAAUUGAAGCUUUGUCCACACUUUCAAAUGUGUGUGAUAUGCCCAUAUAUGGUCAUGAUGGUGUCAUAUUACACCCAAAUUUGGGAAUAUCACAUUCAUUUGUCACAUAAAAUUUGAUAGUUUGGACAUAGCUUAAGAAAAGAGUGCUGUGCCGUAUCGGUAAGAUUGAAAAGAUAUAAACCCAGGUAGAAGUUAUUGUCUUCAGAAAAUUAACUUAGCUUAAAUAUUCCAUUUGAAAUGUAUAUACAUUAGCUGUAUUUUUGUGUCUAAUAUACAAAUUUUAAGUGAUGAAUAAUAUGAUAGAAGAGUUCAUGUAAUUAGUGUGGAUUUUAUUCCUUUAGUUGCUUCUAUAAAGCUCUGUCGACGCCAUUAAA